UUAAAUCAUGUCGCGCGUGCAAGCAGGCAAAAGAGAGGGAAAAUGCUUGGGUCUGGUGGGAUGGAUGCCGUGUCAGCAAGGUAAUCCCAGCAUAUCUUAUCAAGUGUUUGACAUGGCAGCCGGCGAUUGGAGGGGCGAAUCCCUCACAUCUGCCACUGCCCACCUAGUCCAGACGUUACGACAGAUAGAGCAGGUUUGGGUUGUGUGGUUAAUCAAAUCUAUCUAUCCAUCCCAUCCCAUCCCACUACAGAAAAAGCCUCUGCUCUUGUGUCUCGCGAGAUUUAGAUUCACAUCGCAGCACAAGAUCUCCUCUCUUCUCCUAUGCACAAGCAAAAGAUUUGCUCUUGUGAGACACAGAAUUCAUGGAGGUGCAGGCCCCAUGUACUUUCACCUGCUCCUACACCCACUGUUCCAUCGGAUUCGCCCCUCGGGCUCGCCUCCGCUGCAUCACCAGGAUCCGUGCCGCAGCUCAUGAUCAGCAGGGCGUCGGCGACGACCAACCACGCCGGACUAGUCGCCUCGCCGCCGAUGGACCCAUACCUGCUGCCGUCGCUGCUGCUGCCGCACAAGGUCCCAGCAGCAGCAGCAGCAGCGUAUUCGGCGCCAGGGACGCGGAGCUUGCCAUGUGGGAGAAGCUAGGAGCGCUCGUCAGGCUCAGCUACGGCAUUGGAAUCUACGCGGCCAUGGCGCUCGCCGGGAGAUUCAUAUGCCACAUUGCCGGGAUCGAUUCCACGGGUGGAUUCCAUCCGUCCCUCACCGCUCUCGUGGAGGGCCUCGGAUAUGCAUCUCCCCCAAUCAUGGUGCUGCUCUUCAUCCUCGACGAUGAGGUUGUCAAGUAUUCACCUCAUGCGCGUGCCAUCAGAGACGUCGAGGACGAGGAGCUCCGCACCUUCUUCCUCGGCAUGUCGCCAUGGCAGUUCAUUCUCAUCGUCGCCGCGAGCUCCGUCGGUGAGGAACUCUUCUAUCGGGCUGCUCUUCAGGGGGCACUGGCUGAUAUAUUUCUCAGAGGCACAGAGCUCAUGAAAGAUGCUCGAGGAAUUGUAUCCCUGAGCGGCAUGGUGCCUCCUUUCGUUCCUUUUGCUCAAACGUUUGCAGCAGCCAUCACUGCGGCCCUCACAGGAUCCCUCUAUUACCUUGCUACCGCCCCAAAAGUUCUUCUUUAUUUCAGACCCUACCUAUGUGGUCACACCAGUAAUGCGUUCUCACAACGGCCGGGAGAAUAUCAAGAAACUAUUUGCAGCCUGGUACGAAAGGAGGCAGAUGAGGAAGAUAUACUCCCCUCUUCUAGAAGGAAUCCUGGCUUUCUACCUUGGCUUUGAAUGGAUCCAGACGGACAACAUUCUAGCACCUAUGAUCACCCACGGCAUAUACUCCACCGUGGUUCUUGGCCAUGGGCUAUGGAAAAUCCAAGACCACAGGAGAAGGUUACGACAAAGGAUUCAGGAAAUUAGACAAAGUGGCUCAGACACACACCAAUAGUCCAAUAGCUCAUAGCUAGCUAGGUGAACAAGUUUUGAUCCACUUAAUUAGUCUAUGAUAUACUACUGUAGUAGCUAGCUAUACAUAGGUAGAGAGGAUAGUACGCCAAGCUGUGCAUACACACACGAACGAUCGGGGUGCAUCAGCAUAUGUACGGUCGAGUCUAUAUAUACUUGGUGUGUACCUAUAUAUGUUAAUUAGUGUAUAUAUACACUAGAUACGUACUUAAUUGUAUCAACAAUUUAUUUGUGGCUAGCUUGUUAAGCCUCUGAAACAGCGCUAGCUCGAAAUUAAUGUGAAACCAUACCUGCA